AUGGAGGAAGCUGGUAAAUUGCCUCUAAAGCGAGUAGAACUUUCCUUAACAAAGUUUAAUGAAGUUGCAAUUCCUCAUCAUUUGGAUUUGUUACGACAACACAAGGCUAAUAUUAUCAAGUACGGCGAGUGCGGCGACAGCGCGCGCGUGCGCUCGGAGCAGACGCACGCGCGCCGCGUGGCGGGCCAGCUGCGCGUGCUGCUGCAGGAGAUGGACGCCUUGCGGAGGCAGGUGCGUCCUGAGGAGUGGGAUCGUUUCGACGCGCUCACUCAGCGCUCGCGCGACCUCACGCUGCGCGCCAUCGUCGACUACCUCGAGUCGUCGCCAGUAACGAUACGGCGGGCGGGUGGUGAGAAGGGUGGGGAGGGAGCGGGGGAGGCGGCGUGCGGCAGCGCGGUGUCCACGGAGUCGGUGGGCGUGGUGGCGCACGCGCCGCAGCUGCAGCUGCAGCACGACGACCAGGUGCGCCGCCUCGUGCGUGCUUUACUUACGAGUACAGGUGGGGAGGGAGCGGGGGAGGCGGCGUGCGGCAGCGCGGUGUCCACGGAGUCGGUGGGCGUGGUGGCGCACGCGCCGCAGCUGCAGCUGCAGCACGACGACCAGGUGCGCCGCCUCGUGCGUGCUUUACUUACGAGUACAGGUGGGGAGGGAGCGGGGGAGGCGGCGUGCGGCAGCGCGGUGUCCACGGAGUCGGUGGGCGUGGUGGCGCACGCGCCGCAGCUGCAGCUGCAGCACGACGACCAGGUGCGCCGCCUCGUGCGUGCUUUACUUACGAGUACAGGUGGGGAGGGAGCGGGGGGAGGCGGCGUGCGGCAGCGCGGUGUCCACGGAGUCGGUGGGCGUGGUGGCGCACGCGCCGCAGCUGCAGCUGCAGCACGACGACCAGGUGCGCCGCCUCGUGCGUGCUUUACUUACGAGUACAGGUGGGGAGGGAGCGGGGGAGGCGGCGUGCGGCAGCGCGGUGUCCACGGAGUCGGUGGGCGUGGUGGCGCACGCGCCGCAGCUGCAGCUGCAGCACGACGACCAGGUGCGCCGCCUCGUGCGUGCUUUACUUACGAGUACAGGUGGGGAGGGAGCGGGGGAGGCGGCGUGCGGCAGCGCGGUGUCCACGGAGUCGGUGGGCGUGGUGGCGCACGCGCCGCAGCUGCAGCUGCAGCACGACGACCAGGUGCGCCGCCUCGUGCGUGCUUUACUUACGAGUACAGGUGGGGAGGGAGCGGGGGAGGCGGCGUGCGGCAGCGCGGUGUCCACGGAGUCGGUGGGCGUGGUGGCGCACGCGCCGCAGCUGCAGCUGCAGCACGACGACCAGGUGCGCCGCCUCGUGCGUGCUUUACUUACGAGUACAGGUGGGGAGGGAGCGGGGGAGGCGGCGUGCGGCAGCGCGGUGUCCACGGAGUCGGUGGGCGUGGUGGCGCACGCGCCGCAGCUGCAGCUGCAGCACGACGACCAGGUGCGCCACCUCGUGCGUGCUUUACUUACGAGUACAGGUGGGGAGGGAGCGGGGGAGGCGGCGUGCGGCAGCGCGGUGUCCACGGAGUCGGUGGGCGUGGUGGCGCACGCGCCGCAGCUGCAGCUGCAGCACGACGACCAGGUGCGCCGCCUCGUGCGUGCUUUACUUACGAGUACAGGUGGGGAGGGAGCGGGGGGAGGCGGCGUGCGGCAGCGCGGUGUCCACGGAGUCGGUGGGCGUGGUGGCGCACGCGCCGCAGCUGCAGCUGCAGCACGACGACCAGGUGCGCCGCCUCGUGCGUGCUUUACUUACGAGUACAGGCGCUGAGGGAGCGGGGGGAGGCGGCGUGCGGCAGCGCGGUGUCCACGGAGUCGGUGGGCGUGGUGGCGCACGCGCCGCAGCUGCAGCUGCAGCACGACGACCAGGUGCGCCACCUCGUGCGUGCUUUACUUACGAGUACAGGUGGGGAGGGAGCGGGGGAGGCGGCGUGCGGCAGCGCGGUGUCCACGGAGUCGGUGGGCGUGGUGGCGCACGCGCCGCAGCUGCAGCUGCAGCACGACGACCAGGUGCGCCGCCUCGUGCGUGCUUUACUUACGAGUACAGGUGGGGAGGGAGCGGGGGAGGCGGCGUGCGGCAGCGCGGUGUCCACGGAGUCGGUGGGCGUGGUGGCGCACGCGCCGCAGCUGCAGCUGCAGCACGACGACCAGGUGCGCCGCCUCGUGCGUGCUUUACUUACGAGUACAGGUGGGGAGGGAGCGGGGGAGGCGGCGUGCGGCAGCGCGGUGUCCACGGAGUCGGUGGGCGUGGUGGCGCACGCGCCGCAGCUGCAGCUGCAGCACGACGACCAGGUGCGCCGCCUCGUGCGUGCUUUACUUACGAGUACAGGUGGGGAGGGAGCGGGGGAGGCGGCGUGCGGCAGCGCGGUGUCCACGGAGUCGGUGGGCGUGGUGGCGCACGCGCCGCAGCUGCAGCUGCAGCACGACGACCAGGUGCGCCGCCUCGUGCGUGCUUUACUUACGAGUACAGGUGGGGAGGGAGCGGGGGAGGCGGCGUGCGGCAGCGCGGUGUCCACGGAGUCGGUGGGCGUGGUGGCGCACGCGCCGCAGCUGCAGCUGCAGCACGACGACCAGGUGCGCCACCUCGUGCGUGCUUUACUUACGAGUACAGGUGGGGAGGGAGCGGGGGAGGCGGCGUGCGGCAGCGCGGUGUCCACGGAGUCGGUGGGCGUGGUGGCGCACGCGCCGCAGCUGCAGCUGCAGCACGACGACCAGGUGCGCCGCCUCGUGCGUGCUUUACUUACGAGUACAGGUGGGGAGGGAGCGGGGGAGGCGGCGUGCGGCAGCGCGGUGUCCACGGAGUCGGUGGGCGUGGUGGCGCACGCGCCGCAGCUGCAGCUGCAGCACGACGACCAGGUGCGCCACCUCGUGCGUGCUUUACUUACGAGUACAGGUGGGGAGGGAGCGGGGGAGGCGGCGUGCGGCAGCGCGGUGUCCACGGAGUCGGUGGGCGUGGUGGCGCACGCGCCGCAGCUGCAGCUGCAGCACGACGACCAGGUGCGCCGCCUCGUGCGUGCUUUACUUACGAGUACAGGUGGGGAGGGAGCGGGGGAGGCGGCGUGCGGCAGCGCGGUGUCCACGGAGUCGGUGGGCGUGGUGGCGCACGCGCCGCAGCUGCAGCUGCAGCACGACGACCAGCGCGGUGUCCACGGAGUCGGUGGGCGUGGUGGCGCACGCGCCGCAGCUGCAGCUGCAGCACGACGACCAGGUGCGCCGCCUCGUGCGUGCUUUACUUACGAGUACAGGUGGGGAGGGAGCGGGGGAGGCGGCGUGCGGCAGCGCGGUGUCCACGGAGUCGGUGGGCGUGGUGGCGCACGCGCCGCAGCUGCAGCUGCAGCACGACGACCAGGUGCGCCACCUCGUGCGUGCUUUACUUACGAGUACAGGUGGGGAGGGAGCGGGGGGAGGCGGCGUGCGGCAGCGCGGUGUCCACGGAGUCGGUGGGCGUGGUGGCGCACGCGCCGCAGCUGCAGCUGCAGCACGACGACCAGGUGCGCCGCCUCGUGCGUGCUUUACUUACGAGUACAGGUGGGAGGAGGGGGGGCGGCGUGCGGCAGCGCGGUGUCCACGGAGUCGGUGGGCGUGGUGGCGCACGCGCCGCAGCUGCAGCUGCAGCACGACGACCAGGUGCGCCACCUCGUGCGUGCUUUACUUACGAGUACAGGUGGGGAGGGAGCGGGGGAGGCGGCGUGCGGCAGCGCGGUGUCCACGGAGUCGGUGGGCGUGGUGGCGCACGCGCCGCAGCUGCAGCUGCAGCACGACGACCAGGUGCGCCGCCUCGUGCGUGCUUUACUCACAGGCUUGGCAGUGGUUGCCAAUGAUGACAUAUGGAUCUGA